AUGGAUCUCGUAAUAAUAAUAAAUUCCCACGUGCCGGGCAUUGUGCCGAGGGCAUUAGCUAUAAAAGAAGGAGAAAAAGGGCAAGAAACUAGCGGGGCUGCGCUCGUCCCCGGCCGCCGCGGAGGUCACACCCAAGCCGCGGCCGGACAGCGGGUCUUAUCCUGCGCGGACCCGCCCCACUUCGGGGUGGAGACUGAGCCGAGUUCCUGGUUGUCCCUCCGCCCACGGGACCGGAAAAUCCUCCAGGCGCAGCGCACCUGGAACCCAGCCGACGGCCGCGCGCUGGGCGCUCAGGGGAGGGCCGGCGUCGGCCCCAGGCCGGGGGUUGCACUGGCUCGUCCCUGCGCGGGGCUGGCGGCCCCGUCCCGGGCCCGGAUCGCACCGCCCGCCGGGCACCGCCCAGCCCCGCUCCGGCCCCUGCAGAGUCGGAGCAGUUGGACUUCCCGGGUGUCCGGUGCUCGGCCGCCCCCAUGCCCUCGGAGGUCCGAGCUCCCGGGCCUCUUCCGCACCCUCCCUGCGCCGGUCGCGGCAGAGAUCCCCAGUGCGAACUCAAGCUUUCUCCCUGGGAAACCACUUUCUCACGAGGAGCCUGUGGGCAGGAAAGUGGAAAGUGAAAUCAGAAUGGCACACUUCGUUUCCCUUUUGCACAUUAAAACAGACAUCCCCGAAAUUCCCAGUAGUUCCACAUCUUUUUUGAGGAAACCCGUGUUCUCUUUCUUUGGGAAAGGAGUUCGAAGCAGCCCGGAUCUUUCUCUCGUAACCUGUAAGUCUGAAUAAUUAAUUUGGUACUGGUCAGUACAGGUGCGGCCUGGGAUCUGCGCUCUCUGCUUGUAAUACAGCUUUAUGCAUUCACACACAUCUGCCUCCCCUACUGGACACAAGAAUCUCCAAGGCGCCACCUGAGUGUCUGUCAUCUCUGCACAUGUGCCUUGUUUUCCAGGCACAUAGUAGGUGCUCUGUGAAUACAGUGUGAAUCCACUGAGUCUACAGGCAAAUCACAAUUUUAUUUAACUGAGGGUAGGUAGCUUUGGGUAGUGUUUAAUGUCCAACAGGCCAAAAUCCAAGUGGCUGUUAGUACCCUUAAGACGGAGAGGUAACAUUAAAUUAUUUCAUUAAGAUGUAGCAAAAAAGGCUGACUUAACAUGGCUAAGAGCAUGGGUUUUAGGAUCAGAUUGAUUUGGAUUCUAGACCUGGUUCUGCUCCUUUUCUCUGCUUGAUAAAGUUUCUGGACCUCAGUUUCUGAACUAAUCUAGAGGAAACAAAAUUAGUAAGGAAAAGAAUGAAAUAAGGGACUUUGCAGAUGUGGUUCAUCAGGGAUCUAGAAAUGGAGUGAUAAUCCUGAAUUAUUUGGGUGGGCCCAGGGUACUCACAAGGGAGCCUUCUAAGGGAAAGAGGGAGGCUGGAGAGUUCGAGUUCGAGAGAUUUGAAGAUGCUGCAGCCACAAAACCUGUCUUCAAAGAUGGAGAAGGGGGCCACAAGCCUGCGAGUGCAUGUGAUCUUUAGAAGCAGGCAAAGGCAAGGGAUUCUCCCCCUCAACCUCCAGACUCCAGAAGGAGCAAAAAUUCUGUGCAAAGGGCUGCCCCCAAAGUGCAAGUGGUAACAGUGGAGCCCGAGGCUUACGCUGUGGUACAGCCCUCCCAGAUGGUACCUACUUUCUGCAGGCUUGGGGCCAUUUAUUUCAUAGUAAGUUGAUUGUUUUGUUUUUAAAAAGCAUAUUUCUUCUAAAAUCUUAUUAUAAAGGUUUUCUACCUAUUUAUGACUUUUCUGCAUGUUUUAGGAUAACAG